GUCAAUGUUUACAGUUUUUGCAAAUUUCACACUUUAUAAUGAUUUUGAGAGAUAACUUAAGGAUUCACCGUGUAUAGAAGAUAUUCACUUAAACAAUGCAUACUCAGACUACGUGUUGUUGCUUUUUAAUUUCAGAUUUUCUCCACAUAAUGUGAUACUCAUUUCAUCCAGUGCAACUGUUUUCCCAAAAAAUGCUGGGUGAAACAUCAUGUGGGCCGUUGUGCCAACACCCAGCCUGCUGGGCAUCGAUAAACCAACAACUGAAGGGAGUCAGACAGCGCCAAGUAGAGCUCAAGGAUAACCUAACUGAUAGCAGUGAUGAUGAAGACGAAUUGCCUACUCAGAAAGUCUAUAAUAUGCUUGAUGACUAUGGUAGUGACAAGCGAGAUCGUUACCCUAGCAAGCAUCAGGGGAGACCGAAGGAAAAACAAAAAUCCGCUGAACCUAUGCCAUUUGGCAUGUCUUUACGGACUGGAACAACUGCUCCCUUUACUACCCCAGCUACUAUGAGUGGUGGCCCAAGAAAAUUUGUCACUCCACAAAUCACCUCUAAGACUAUAAAAACGAUACCGCAGUUCAACAAGGUAGAAGUGCAGGAGUUGUUUGAUUUAGAUGACCUUCAGAAGGAUUGGCAUGAGACUUUCUAUGCCAGUAAAUGUUUAGUUUGGGUGCCUGGAAAGAAAAAGACACCAAGGCCACCUGAGACUGAAAGAAUGACAAUCAGUAAGCUGAGCCAAGGCCCGGUGCCACUGCCAACGAAAGACAUGACUGAGUCCAUGGUUCCUGUAGAGCUGGAGAGACAGAGGGAAUCAGAACAGUCUCUUGUGCCCAUCUUGUGGCCAUCAGUACAGCGGAGACAUCAUCGAAGGUCCAUGUCACCAAGGAGACCAAGGUCGAUGCAAACCAGGUUUAUCAAUCUGCUUGACCUACCCAGGGACAUACUCCGAGCUGUCUUAGAUAAUUUGGAGCAAAGUGAUGACCUCACCAGAGACGAAAUCCAGAAUGCUCUACUCCAAGUUGUUCCUGAGUUUUCUCGUCAUGAGACGGCGCUGACGUUGACCAGUAGCUCCAUCUUACAGCAACAAAAAGUCAAACUCGUUGAAAGUCGAAAUCGUAAUGUACGACAGCCAGAGUUGCACCAGACAAAGCCUGCGUUCCAGUUGGAUGAGCCUCCUCCACCGCUACCAAAUGAUUAUUAUGAUGCAGAAUCUGUGAUAUCUUCCAAUAGAGAGAUCCGCUCCCUGUCAGAUUAUCCUCCUGGUCACGGCAAAAAGAAACCGCUACCAUCUCUUAGAGCUCCCUCACCGAAGAGUAAGAACAAAAUGACGUCAAUAUCGCUAGGUCUUCCAGAAAUCCCAACCGGCUACAAAUUCACCAAACCAUUUACGUAUUAUAAGGGUAGCGAGUUAGACUUCUCUCUUGCUCCAGUCACCAGUGUCGCACCAUCAGAGAGGGAAUCGAUCACAAGGGAAUCUGAUGUUGAUUCUACGCUCCAUGUUACCAUUCCUACCGUUGCAUCAGAAAGAGAUGAGCUGGAGUACACGUACCAACGAGGAACAGCUGGUGAAGUGCUACAUCAUGUGUCUCCAGCCGAUUCAACCAAUGUUCCCAAGACACCUGCAGCCACCCCAGUCUCGCGUAGCAAGGCCAGUGGGGGGCAAGGACUCGGGUCACAGUCCUCUCGAGGUGUUGUACAACUCCCUGUUCACGCACCUCCAGCGAGCCCGGUCUCGAUGGACACUACUAAUCUUGGUCCAGUUCGAGAAAUAUCCUUCGACGUAUUGCCAGAGACAGAAAAGGCGAGACAGAUUGCCGAGCUUCAGAACAGUCACAAUCAGUUAAAAUCACGAGGUGGUCGCAGUGUCCAUUUUGCCCCUGGAAUAGCAUCUCCAUCAUCUGUUCCUACUGGUGCAAACUCGCAGUCCAAUACUCCCAUAACUAAUCAUGCAGCCAGUCAGACACCGGUGACACCAACUGGCACGUCUGCUACUAGCAUGGCUGUCACUGGUGCUCAGAUCAGCCGUACGAUUGAUCCAUCACCAGGUACGAGAGGCCCAGUGUUGGUCAUUAGGGACAAGGACAGCUCAAUCACAUCCAGUCCUGAACUAUGGCCUGUUGUGAACGAGGACGAUUACAUGCUUUCACCUGAGCCAAUCCCACGAGCUGCUGAUAGUGAAAAAUCUAUACUGAACGAGACACCGGAUUCUAGAAUAGCUAACUUGGACGAGAGGUCCGUCAAAGCUUUGACAACACCAGCUGCACGGUCUGAAGGUUCUGCUGGAAUGCGUCCAGACAUGUUAAAGCUGUUGCCUGAUUCUGACUUCUCUCCUGCUCCUCCACCACCUUCACCAGAAAUGAGACAAAGUGCGUUGGCAGAGUCGGAAGAGCUGGAGUCCCCAGAUAAGCUAGAACGGAGGUCGGCGAAGGAGUUGUCCAUGUUGCCAGUAUUAGAGGAAGAGCACACGGAUGGGUCGAAUACAGAUAGAACCGACGUAACAGCUGGCCAGCCAGAAACAGUGGAGUUAGCUGGGUUUAAGAUGAUUGCUCCAGUUCUAGAAGAAGCGACAGAAUACGAAAAUAUGGCAAACAAUGCUAUCUCCAGCCUCAUGAUAAAACUUGGUGAUAAUUUCCCGACCUCAGAACAAAUGAUGGCAGACAUGAUGCGUAGGAAUUCCGAGGCUUUGGUCGCUAAUGUCCUGGAGGAGGAAAAUCAGGAGAUGACGGAGGAUGGUGGGGACCACAAUGGGUUUAAGAAAGAUUUGCAGGAAGAGUUAGGGAACAUAGAUGAGAGGUUGGAAGAUCUGAAUGGAAAGGAUGAUGAUGGGGAGGGUAGUCAGGGGAAGGGUAGUGAGGGCAGUCAAGGGAAAAGGAGUGGGUUCGGCCAGUGGAACUGGGUCCAGUGAUCAACGAUUUGGUAUGUGUUGUAAAGUGUAAAUAAUGAAACUUAUGCUUAUGCAUGUAUAAUAAAGCGAGAGAACAAACAAUGAUUUCUACGUUUUUACGUGUGUAAAUAAAUACUUGAUUUUAUAGAUUUGUAAAUGAAACACAAGUCCAUUUACACUUGAGAGAAUAUAUUGUUGAGAGUAUUGUGUAUAUUCGUGAAUACAUGUCCAUUGACAAGAGUGUGCACUUUUUGUAAUAGACCAACUUUUAAGCACAUAGAUGUUGGUUUAAUUGCUCAUGUCUUGCCAUAAGAUAUUCUCGUAUGGUAUUUUCAUAACAUGCUUUUUGAGCCAUAUUGCAUGUAUUUCAGCUGAGCGCCAGGCCCUUGGGCCUCUUGUUGUGCCGAUGAUCAUUAGAGUUUACUAGUAUUGGACCAUACAACCUCUGUAUUGACUGAAACAGCGUUAUUUGUUUCUGGUAUUAAGGACACCCCAGUUACUGAACAAUCCUGUCCUAAUGGAAUGGAGAGGUGUCCGGAUUAUAGAGGUUAAACCAUCAAUCUAUAAUCUAUAAUCUAUUUUAUAGUCUCUUCUAUAGUAAUGGUUUCUUGAGUCGACUGAUCUAUAGAACUAAGAGCUGUGAUAAAGUUUCGUUUGAUCACUUUAAUUUGGUUUUUUUAUGCAACCACCACUCAAAUAAUGCUUGCCAAAUUUGUUGUUGAUAGUAUGUUGAACUAUAAAGAGAUAGCUUAAAUAAUAUAGAAAUGGUGAUCGUUCCCCUGUCAUAAUGUUCUACUGCAGACAAAUCCGUCCUCUUUUGUGCCGUUAAACUUGUGCUGGCAUUCAGAGAAUGGCACAAUAGACAAAGUAUCUUUAA